AUGGGAACUGAAAGGCACUAUGAAGAAUGCUUGGGCGACAAGGUUGUGGACUUCGUCACGGGUGAGAAGCUUGGCCCCCGCGAGAUAGGUGAGAUCCGCUUCCACAUAAAAGGCAUGACUCGGGGCUACUACAAGCGACCGAAAGAAACUAUCGAACUUUUCGAUGAACAACGCUGGUGCAGGUCAGGUGAUGCUGGUUACUACGACGAAGAUGGUCGUCUGUACGUCGUGGAAAGGCUGAAGCAACUCAUCAAGUGUAAGGAUAAUCAGGUGGUUCCUGCAGAACUGGAAGAGCUCCUACUUCGAGAACAUUCGACCGACAUCGCCGAAAUAUCCGUUGUUGGCCUUCCGCAUUCCGAAUAUGGAGAAGCUCCUGCAGCAGCUGUUGUGCUUACGCAAGAGGGGCGCAACAAAAAUCUCAAGCUUCUUGCGGGGAGCAUCAAGGCUACCGUGGAAACCGUGCUGUUUUGA